GAUAAGAAGACGCCGUUGCCUAUAAAAACGCUCGAUGGCAAAAUUGUCUCGUUCUUGAAACUCAGACUCCAACCCCAAUAUGAAAGUUUGCAAUGUAACCCAUCUAACGCUUGUGAUUCUACUAUCCGCGGCGGUUCCAUUUGUUUCAGCACUCAAUACCAUUUGUGAGAAUCGGUUCAAUGAUCUUUCCUUCGCGGAUCCCGCCAGUUGCUCGAGCUUUUAUGUGUGUCAGCGUGGUAACGCCAUACGAAGGGAGUGCUCCAAUGGUCUCUACUUCGAUCCGAAGAUCCAAUCCUGCAAUCUGCCCGGGCUCGUCAAAUGUUUCAACGGGGAGCGCGGAGUGGCUCUACUUGGGGCAGGUAAAAUCAACCAGUCCCAGCUAUUGGAUCCGUAUGGAAACCCAAAGGCGGUGGCAGCAACGACUGUUGCGACCACAACCAUCUGUCCCCCGACCACUACUACCAAAAACCCGAAAAUGAUAUCAGUAACAACUAAAUCUCCAGAAUCUGCAAAAGAAUCCAACGAUUCAGUUCCAGUUGUUCUAGAAGCGAAAAUCCGUAUCGAUGUAUUAAGAUCUUCACGCGAUUGCCGUGAUAUAAGCGAUGGAGUGUACUUGACAGACCCCCAACAUUGCCGACGUUACUAUAAGUGUCGUAAGAACCGCCCCAGGCGCCACAAUUGCCCCAGAAAUCAGUGGUUCAAUCGGGAACUGCUCAUUUGCCAGGAUCGAGAUGAAGUCUUGAACUGCCCAUCCAACCGGAAUUAGUCAGCUGUGUUAUUAGAUAUAU